AUGGGAAAAAAGGGAAAUCGGAAUAGACCAACUUUAGUAUCCUUGACUUCAUUUUUAAGAAAACAGGAAAUCUUACAUCCAUGUUUGGUACACUAUUGCAGAAAGGGAAGGGAGUGCGUUCUCGAAGACGGAGAACCGAAAUGCAUAUGUCAAAAACAGUGCCCGCCCCACGAAAAACCGGUUUGUGGUUCGGACGGACGGAUAUACUCGAAUCAUUGCGAAAUCCACCGAGCUGCCUGUUUGCUGUCGAUCGCAAUCACGGCCGCCAGAUGGUCGUUUUGCGAAAAACCUGGCAAAGGACGACCGGAGAUCGAUACAGAAAGUAAUUUUGCGAAUGAAAUUCCAACGAUAUCCACAGCGAUAUACAACAAAAAUGUAUCUACAUCUGCUUUUGUGAAAAAUCUUACACUGCCGUCAACACCACUGGUUUCAGUAGACGAGGCAACUGAAGAUUUAAUAUUUGAAACAACUACCGAAGAAUCAGAAUAUUUGGACAAUGAAAUAAGUGAAGAAGCAGAUGACACCGGUGACUUUUAUACAGAUAAAGAAGACUGUAGUAUGCAAGAAUAUGAAGUAUUAAAGGAUAAUUUACUGCUAUACAACCAUGCCAGGUUGAUGUCGCAGAAUAAUCAUAGCAAGGAUUAUUUAGUCUCCAUUAUGUUUUCGCAUUACGACAGGAAUAACAAUGGUAACUUGGAAGCUACGGAACUUAGCGAGAUAUCCAUCCAAGAAAGGCUUGACACUCUUAGCAACGGUUGUUCUUUAGCAAAUAUGAUUCAGUAUGACGACACUGAUCAUGAUGGCAAACUAAGCAUUAACGAAUUUUAUGUGGCGUUUAGUAAACUCUACAGCGUCUACGUAGUGUCUCUGGAUAAAGCCCUGGAGACCAAUCACCUCUCAGCUCGAGUGGGUGACAAUGUCGAAAUAAAAUGUGACGUUACGGGUUCGCCGGUGCCGCCUAUCGUUUGGAAAAGAAACUACGCAGAUUUGGCAACGCUAAACGAAGAAGACGUUCGAGUUUUUGGGGAUGGGAGCUUGUAUUUAACGAGGAUACAGUUACAGCAUGCAGGGAAUUAUACUUGUCAUGCACAGAGGAAUAAGGACAUUGUUCAAACGCAUAUCCUUACAGUUCACACCGUGCCUGAAGUUCAUGUAACGCCAAGGUUACAGUCAAAACGUCCUGGGGAGGAUGCUACAAUGUUCUGUCAUGUAGCAGGAGAACCGUUUCCAAAAGUGGAAUGGCUGAAGAACGACGAACAUCUGAAGAUGGACAUUCCUAGAAAAUAUCAAAUUAUCGGAAAUGGAACGUCUCUUAAAAUAAGAAACAUUGCAUUUGCUGAUACCGGAGCUUAUAUGUGCCAAGCAACAAGUAUAGGUGGUCUUACAAGAGAUAUUAGUUCGCUGGUGGUUCAAGAACAACCAACACCAAGUUCUCCUAACGAGGAACGUCGAUUUUUUGCAUUCCAUGAUUGGGGGGUGUCCAUCUAUGAACCGUCGACGUGCAGGCUGUACCACAGAAUCCAGUCCACGGAUAUUAUACCAGGAACGCAGGAAUAUGUCUGUGGAGACAAAUCGGUAAAAUGCGAAUGGGGACGUGCCAUAAACGUGGCGAAUCGUUACGUGUACGCCAGCCAGCCAACCAGAGAUAGAAUCCUCAUCAUAUCCAAAGUCCAGAUGGUCGUUGUGGACGUGGUCAGCACCGAUAAGUACCCUGUGGAACUCCAUCACGUCGCGCAUUUGGAUCAAGUGUGGGUGUUGAAUUGGAGAUCUGAAAACAAUACCGGAAUUAAGACUAUACAGGUAAUAAGAGAUGCUGGUCAGAAGAGAAAACAUCACACUGUACAUCCUGAACCCAUUGACGGACAAUUUGACUUGGUCACCGGUUUGUUUAUCCCUUCUCCACUACAAGAACUGUCCCACUACAGCUUCAAGUACGGCUACGUGACGCACACUAAUCAGAGGGGAUUGUACAAAUUAGAUUUGGUUAAUCUGAGAUACACCAGAUCGGUGGAUCUUACGCCUUACAACUGUGUACCCACUCAAGUUAGAUUUUCCUCCUUAUAUGGUAUGGUCAUAAUGCAGUGUUUGGAGCCAGUAACGAAUAGACCAACGGGUCAACUAAUUUUGGAUUACCUAACUGAUAGCGUGAUCGGGGUCAAACCCAAUUUACCCGGGGUACCCUAUAUUUCACCAGAUUCCAGAAAAUUAGUCACCUUGGAUAAAACUACAAAUGGAGCUACCCUCAUAGUUCAAGAGAUUACUGCUAAUGGACUGAACUUUAAUUUUGAUGUCAAAACUACACUGAACAUUUCUGACAUCAAUUUUUAUCCCAGCCAAUCCACGCAUAGUUACGAUAUUUACGCUUCAGCACAGGAUAAGGAGGGCAUAUUAUUCUUAAAUUUACUCACAGGAAAAGUUGAAAUGAUAACAGGAGUCGGCAGGGCCGUACCGCUGCAGCUCACAAAAUGGAAUAACCCAAAUAGACCCAUCAGUGGAUCAGGUCUCUUUGGUCAAUACAUGGUGACGCCGGCCAAUGAAGCUCUCUUCGUAAUAAACGGCAGAUCAAGAACUGUCAAUUGCGAAAUCGGCGCCGUAUCGCAUCCUAGCCAAGUGGUCUGGACGACGUUGAAGUUUCAUUAG